AUGAACGAACAACCCUGUUUUUUAUGGUCGAACUCUACAAUAGUACUGGCAUGGCUACAAAAGCCGGCAUACUCAUGGAUAACUUUUGUAGCGAAUUGUGUGGCUUUAAUAAAAGAGAAGGUUGGCAAUUGCAUUUGGAAUCACGUCAACUCCAAGGAAAACCCUGCCGAUCUAGCGUCCCGUGGUAUCACUGCUAUGGAAUUGGCAGAAAGCUCUUUGUGGUGGCAAGGUCCAACAUGGCUAAGACUCAUCCCUUUCCCAAGGCCAUCAUGCUCUGUUAAUUUUGAGACUAGUGAGGAAAUUCGUCCAGUGAAAUCACAUGUUACUCAAGUAUCACCAACAGAUUUUUUACUUCGCUUUUCGGAUCUACCACGAGCCAUGCGUGUAAUUUGUUAUAUUUUCGGUUUUUUCAUUUGUCCCACCCUACACAACGUCAAGGUCGACAAUACCCUAGUCAUGACCUUCGUCAAUCAGAAAUUUUGUUCGUUAGGACGAGACUCGUAA